AGAUGUGUACUUUUAUGCUGGCAUGGUACUUCCUCCUAUUAUCCAGCCAUUUCUCAAAUCGAUUUUGCACAACUUAUUGCACUGAACACCUUACAAUUUUAGCAUCUUCUCUCUAUGUACUUCCUAAAAAAAAAUUUAGCAUCUUAUCUCAAAGCAGAUUUUGUCAGCUAAUUUUAAAAAACUUUGGGAUUGAUAAAGCUUUUUGAAAUGUUGUAUUUAUAGUCAAGUCCUUCAAAACGAGGGAGUAUCUAAAAGAAGUACCUCACAUUACCCUACUUAUAUAUCAAACCUCCACUGAAGAUGCAUGCAUUGCAUUCUCUUUGUGUUUAUGCAUGGAUCACGCUUUAGUAUUUUGAUAUAAAGUUGCUGAAUUUGGCAAUUAUCUACUAAAUAAUGAAACUGAUUCGCUAUGUGUUUAUGCAUGGAUCACACUGUAAUGUUUUGAUAUAAAGAUGCUGAAUUUGGCAAUUAUCUGCUAAAUUAUAAAACCGAUUAGCUCUGGAUUUCCUUGGUGCUCUCGGAUAAUAAAAAGGAAAAAAAAUGGUUUAUGCUAUAAGUUUCCAAAUCCACAUUUUAUCUGGAGAACUUUUUUGUUUCAAUUGUACCUUCGGAUGCAUCUCUUCAGGGUGUAGUUUAGAAGUGAAUUGUUGUUUGAACUGCUAAUACUCCUCCCUGGUGCUUCGAGGUGCAUACUGCACUCUGAGAAUGGGUGAAAAUUCCUUGUGAAGUUACUAGCAUUUCUUUGCUUUGUAAAUUAAAAGUCGGACUGCCAAUUAUGUCCUUAUGACUCAGGUAACAGUGGCUCCAAUUUUAUUGAGUAUCAGUUCAAUGUCUUGUCUUCUUAUCCUGGUUUUGGAUAUCAUUAGUUUCAAGUACUAUUCAUUCUGGUAUUCCAUUAGUUUCUAGAACCACAAAGGUAAAGAGGUUCAACUCCUAGGUAUAUUCCUGGUAAGGGUGAAACUUAAUUUUCUGGUACUUUUUGUUUCGUAACCAUUCAAUCUCCAAGCCCGAGCUUCAUUACAUGAAACAAAGCUGAACACUUAGAUGAGCAGAGCAAUGAUGCAAUUUAUCUUUGGCCUCUUAUUCCAAGAAACAACAGAGAUUGGUACUUGCCUAUGCUGGGUAAAAUUUUGUUGGGAGUAUCAACCUUGUUCUCUUCUUCUUUAUUCUUCUUACAUCCCAUCUAUGAUACUAAGAUUUUACUUUUGGAUUCAAAGGCUGUCAAAAAAGUUUCAAGCAUUUCAGGAGACACCUGUGAUGGUGAUGCAUCUUGCCUGGGAGCUCUUUGAUUCAAAGGUUCGCUUGGUUAUGGACAAGACAAACAAUAAACCCAGGGGCUAUGCUUUCAUUGAGUAUGUGCAUACACGGGAUAUGAAAGCUGCAUAUAAACAAGCUGAUGGAAAGAAGAUCGAUAAUAGAAGAGUGCUGGUUGAUGUUGAACGUGGGAGAACAGUCCCCAAUUGGCGUCCCCGCAGACUUGGCGGUGGACUUGGAACGACAAGAGUUGGAAAUGAAGAUGUCAAUAGAGAGGUUGUUCAGCCUGGAAGGGCAGCAUCUCGCUCUGAAGAGCCAAGAGCACGAGAUGACAGGGACAGCAGGGAUCGGGAGAAGUCCCGCGAAAGGGUGCGGGAUAGGGACAGAGAGAAAUCUCGUGAGCGUUCUCAUGAUAGGCCAAGAGAACGUGAAAGAGAUGACAAACAUCACAGGGAACGCGAGAGAACUAGGGAAAGAGAAAAAGAUCGCGGACGAGACCGUGAUCGAGACCGUGAACGUGAUAGAACACGUGACCGCGAGAGAGGCAAAGACAGAGACCGGGAUCGUGACCGUGAGCGAGAUCGCCACCGUGAGAGGGAUAGGGAAAGAGGUAAGGAUGAAGGUGAGGUGGACCAGGGUCGUGGUCGUUCUCGUGAUAGAGAAUAUGAUCAUGAGCAUGUUGAAUCAAAACAUGAGCGGGGAAGGCACGGUGACAAAGAAAGGAACUAUAAUCAUGCUGAACCUGAAGAUGAUCAUGCACAUUAUGAAUAUUAUGAUCAUCACCAAGGUCGAGGAGACUACGAGAAUCCAGAUGCAUAUGGUGGUGAUGAUCGCUAUAAAGAUGCCAGUCAUGGUCAUGAUCGUUAUGAUCAAAUGGAAGAGGAUAAUUAUGCAUAUGACCAUGGGGCAUCUGAGGCAAAAGAAAGGGACCAAGAUUACAAGCGUUCAGACAGGUCACAUUCUCGUGAAUAUGACUACUGAUGAUGAGACGAGUAUGCUUCUGCGUGUGUUGCUGUG